AUUAUAUAAUACUUAGCUGUCUUCACAAAUCUGUGGACGCCAAGAAAUGGAAAUAAAAAAAAAGUGUAUGUAGAUUGUAUUGUAGUGCAUAUUAUUUCAUAACCAAAAAAUAAUUUACAAAAUUGAAUAUACACAAGGCACAAUAUUUUAAAUGAAAUAAGACUUUUGGAAUUCUAUAAAAUAGAUUUCACUCAACUUAUUAAUCACUUUCCAAAUGUCGAAGUGUUUAAAAAGACGGAUAUAAAGGUACUAACAUAAAUGUUACAUGUUUCUCUAAAACAUCAAAUUUCAUUUAUCUGAUAUUUGGUUCAGUAAAAAGCUCGAAAUGAAAUUAAUCACUCAUAACAUGCUUACCUCAAAAUGCCUUAAAGGCGUAGUUACAGGUUAUCCUUUAUCAAUCAAUGCUACAAACAUUAAUAUAACAGAAGUUGAUUACAAUCCUGAAUUUAUUACUCGAAUAAUACCAAAACUGGACUGGGAAGUGUUGUGGAGGGCUGCUGAUAGUAUUGGUCACAGUGAUGGACUUCCACAGACAAUUGAACCAAAGUUUGAAGAAAACAAUGAGUUUUUAAAGAAAGCACACAGAGUGCUACUAGAAGUAGACAUUGAAGAGGGCAAUUUAGUUUGUCCAGAAUCGGGUAGGCGCUUUCCCAUAUCUAAAGGCAUACCAAAUAUGUUAUUAACAGAAGCAGAAGUUCAAUAAAUUUUGAUGCAGUAA